AUGAAUGAAGACAUAUUAAAUAAAUACAGUGCUAGGAAUGGCAUAUAUAAUACACCCUAUAGUAGUUUCUUCAAUGCGCAAAAGAGAAGCAUACUAGAAGAAGAUAAUAUCAAUAAUGAUGAUGAUGGACAUGUAAAUAAGAAAGCGAAAGUGUCUGUAUUUGAAAACUUUGAGACCUUAAAAAAAAAAAAGUUAAAAGAAAAUGAUAUAUGCAUUGAUCAUUUUAAAGAUAUGGAAAAAUAUAUUGAAGAAAUACAAGAAUUGAAGAAUAUAUAUAAUUUUCUUUUUAGUGAUAAUUUAAGUAAUAGUUAUGAUAUUUUAUCCGUGAACAGAAAAUUUUGUAGCAUUGAAUGUAAUGAUGACAUUAUUGACAAGAGUAUUUUCUUUGAUCCAUCAACAGAAUGUUUUAAUAAUAUGAUUAGUUAUGAUAAAAGCUGCUUUAGCAGUUACGUAAGUAAUUAUAAUAGUAAAGCGCUGAUACGGAAGAAGAAGAAAAAGGAGAAUACAUCAAACGAGGGUCUCCAAAAAGGGAAAGAAGAAAAGCUCAUCUUACGAAGCAUCUUGAAGAGCUCGAAUAUGGUAAGUACUGCAAAAAAAAAUACUAAUAAUAACGAUGAUAUACUUCUAAUGCAAUUGAAGGGAGAUAAAAGUACAUCUGUAGGAAAACGAUUUUUAAAUAGUGUAUCAAAUCAAUUACUAUAUAUUGAUGAUUUGUCUAUGUAUGAUGUUUUAUUAUUGCUUUCCUUUGUCUCUGAAUUACAAAAUGAACAGAAGGAAAAUGAAAAGGAAGAAAGGAAUUUAGAAAUUAUUGCAAAUAUUGAUGAAUUUCAAAUUAAUGCGUUUUCCUUAAAAGAUAUAUACAGAUAUUAUUACAAAGAAAGAUGUUUUCAAUGUUUUACAUGUGGAAUAAGAUUUUGUUCAAGUUUGGAAAAAUUAAAUCAUUUGGAAAUUCAUUACAAGAAAAACAGGAAUUACAUGAACAGUUCAGAAAUAUCAAGUAUAAUUAAAAGUAAAAAAAAAUUUAUUUUUUUAGAUCAUAUGAAUAUAUCUAUUGAGUUUUUUAUAUGUAAAGAUUAUUCUUUUUUUGAGGACUUAUAUGAUAAUGUUGUUACAAAAAAUAGUAAUUCCUUCAAUUUUCACAGCGCGUUUGAUUUUAAUAAGAAAACUAUUUAUCUUAACAAUAAUUAUGACAAUUUAAAAAAUUCAUCAUUUUUGAAAAGUAAUGUGAAUAGUAGUGAUAUGAUAAAUGUAAACAACGAAUUAGAUGGUUUGAAUAAUUCUCAUCAGUGUUCGUUCCCCAGGAAGGGACGUAUGAACGAAGGGUUAAAUGAUAAUAUGGAAAUUAUUUGCAAGAAUAAGAAAACAGAUAAGGAAAGAACUCUUGCUUAUUAUAUAAUGAAAGACUACCCACAUAAUGUCGGAAAUAACAUAUGUUUAUUAGAAGAAAAUAAUGUCCAAAUGUUGUUUAAUUUUACGAAAGGGUCUAACGAUAUGGAUAACUUUUUUUAUGCCAAACAAAAUGAAACAGGAAAAAGUGGGAAAGAAAAAGAUAGAAGGAAUUAUAUAGAAAGUAAUGACAUAAAGGAGUUGGGAGAAAAUAGUAAUGAAAUGAAUUUUUUUGAUUUUAUAUGUGAAAACCAAAAUACAUAUGAUGUUUAUUUGUCAAACUACUACACUGUAACUGAGGACAAUAAUGUACUUAUAAAAUAUAUUGAUGGAGAAUCUAUGUAUAAAAAUAUUAUGAAAUGUUUGGAAAUUCGAGAUAUUACGACCUAUGAAUUUCCUUCAUGGGUUCCUCAAAGAAGUAUUCAGAAUUUUUUUGUCAAAAGAAUUACGGAAAUGUAUCAACAUGUAAGCAAUGAUAAGAUAUAUAAUAAUUUGUUAAUAGGUAAAAAUAUCACUAGUGCUUAUAUGAACAAAUAUAAUAUGGAUGAUUUGAAAGAAGAUAAAUUAGAUGUGAAAAAUAAUUUAUGGACUUUAUGUACGAACAAUGAUUUUUAUAUUAGUAGAAAUUUGUUCCCCAUUAAUAUUUUUUUUUCAACUUGCAAAAAAAAAAAAAAUUACGAUCUACUUGACAACGCGGAACAUGGAUCGAAUGAUAAUCCGUAUGGGGAAAAGUUGAAAAGGGACGAACAUUUUCAUAACCCCUUUACCAACUAUACUAAUAGCAAAAAAAUAAAGGUAGAACUAGAUGACAAAUCAAAGGAAGGCAUAAAUGAAUCUUUUAGUACGACUUAUCAAAACGUAAUGAGUAAAGGUUCAGUAUUUAUCGAAAAUGAGAAAGAAAAGAAAUGUUUGGGAGAAGAACAGCAUAAUCCGAAUUCGAAUGAAGAUGAUUAUAUGAUAUUUAGUUCAUUCAUUAAUAUUUUUAAGGAGAAAUAUUUUUUACAAACAGAAGUGUUUAAAGAUAUUCUUCUCUUUUAUUUAAGAAAGAGUUAUUUUACAAUAUAUAAUAGUAACAAUUUAAAAAACAAUACAGAUUUUAGUGAAAUUCAAAGCAGAUUAUUUAAUUAUAUAUAUAGUAACUAUCCUAUAAAGGUCCCUAUAUUUGACAUAAAUAGUUAUCACUUAAAUUACUGUUUUUUGUGUAAAGAAAAAUUUGCUUUCGAUUACUCCUAUGAAUAUAAUGAUUUUUAUUAUAUUGAUGUUAUUUCAGUAAAUUUAAAUAAUUUUUUUUUUGAAGAGGAUGAAGAAGGAAACUAUAAUUUAAAUAAAAGUGCAAAAAGAAUAGACCAAGGAAGUGAAAAAGAUUUAUAUAAUGAAAUAAGUUGUGAUAUAUUAGAUAAGAACAUUAAUGAGGCACAACACUUUUUAAAAAUUAUAGAAAAUAAACAUAAAGAAAAUGCAAAUAUGAAAAAAAAAAUCGAAAAAAAAGGAAGUUCUCAUACAAUAUCGUGUGGGAUUAACAAAAAUGAUGAUUUAUUACACAUUGAUUCGAUAGAUAUAUAUGACAUUUUUGAUAGUGUAAAAAUGUUAAUUGAUGAAAACUGUCUUCUCAGAAGAACAAUUAUAGAACCAGCAGUGAAUUAUAGGAACUAUCACCAAACAAAAAAUGCAAAACAUAUAAACAGUGCGAAAAAUGCAAAAAAUGAGAAAUAUGCGAAAUAUAUGAAAUAUACGAAAAAUAGCAAAAGAAAAGACGAUUCUAUUUCCUAUUAUUAUAAUUUAUUUAAAAAAUUUUGCAUUCCUUAUGAAACUCUAAGUGUUUUACAUAAUAUUCAAAAAAGCAAUAGUGACAACUAUAAAAUAAAUAAUAACCAAGGAAACCCCCAUAUUAACAAAGAGUACGUAAAUGAAGAAGUAGAUAAAUUUAUAGAGAACUUUGAAAAGGUUAGUUACGAAGUUACAAACUCUAUAUUAGAAGAUAUUUAUAAAAAGACAAAAAGAGAAAAAAACACAUUUAACGAAAUUAUAAAAUGCUAUAUAGACGAUGAUAAUAAAAAAAAGGAAAAUCAUAAUAAUAUGUACUUCCCUUCAAAAAAUUAUACGAAUACAAACUUUACUUAUUUUCACAAUGAUUGUUUUAAAAAUUAUAUUGAAUAUUACAUCUUUCCGUAUUAUUUUUUAAGAAAGUUAGAUGACAAAAUUUUGAAUCAAAUAAUUAUAUUAUCCAUUAAAUCGUUUUUUAAUGCAUACCAGCAUAUUUGUAAGCUUAUGAAUGAUCAACAGAAAGGAACCCCUACUAAUGAACUUAAAAAGUUUAUCCCUAAACAGAGGCCGAAAAGGAGAAAACAUUUUUAA